AUGACGCAAAAGGGGCUCAAAGAAAAAUUCAACCUUCUCGAUGACAUUCGCCAAUACAAAUUCGUCUCGCAGGCCGAAAUUAGCGUGCCGGGAAUGAACGACAAAGAAGACGAUCACACCGGUGUGCUCUAUCAGCUGUUCGAGGACUAUCAGACCGACGUCGAUCGCGAGGAGAACGAGAAGCGCGGAAAGGGACCGCAAACGAAGAAGAAGGGAAAAUCGGCGUCGUUCUUGACGGUCUCCACAAUGUACCGCGAGUCGCUCAAUUCUCUAAUGGGAAUGCUUCACACAACUCAUCCGCACUUCAUCAGAUGUAUCAUUCCCAAUGAGAAAAAGACGAGUGGUCUUAUUGAUGCUCCGCUGGUGUUGAAUCAGCUAACGUGCAACGGCGUACUCGAGGGCAUCCGAAUUUGCCGCAAAGGGUUCCCGAAUCGAAUGAUGUUCGCCGAUUUUCGCUAUCGCUACGCGAUUCUCGCCGCCGACGAGGCCACCGAGAAGGACGCGUCGAAAGCGGCGAAGGCUAUGCUUCGCAAAUUGAGCAAAUCCAAUCAGUUGAAUGUCGACAAUUUCAAAGUUGGAAGCACAAAAUGCGACUACAAGCGUCGAAUCGAUCGCGAGGACGCCUAUCCGAUCAUUCAAGAAAACGUGCGAGCCUGGAUCAAAUUACGAUCGUGGCCGUGGUAUCGAUUGUUCUCGCGUCUCAAGCCGAUGCUCAAAGGGAUGAAGUCGAACGCCGAAAUCGAGGCGCUCGAGAAAAAAUGCAAAGAGCUCGAGGAGAACCACAAACGCGAGGAGGAAGCGCGAAAGAAGUACGCCGACGAGUUGCGUCAGAAAAUCGAGCAGUAUGAGGAGACGAAGGCGCAAUUGGAACGCGAUCGAAUGAUGCUUGAGAGUCGAAAUAAAGAAAUUGAGGAGCUCAAUCGGAAUCUCAAAGCCGAAUCGGAAGCGAAUUAUGAGAACGCGAAGAAGCUCGCCGAAGUCGAGAAACUUCGCGAGAAGGAGCGCAAAGAGUUCGAGGAGAAGGAGCGUCGAAUGCAAAUGGAGGCCGAGAACGAGGCGAACAAUCAUCGGACUCAAAAUGAGAAGCUCAAGGAUCAACUAAGCCAACUUCAAAUCGAGCAGGACAAACUUCAAGCGCAGCGAAAAGCGCAAGAGCAAGCGAACGCGGAGCUCAUCGACGAGGUGGCGCUUCUCAAACAAAAAUCGGAUCGUGCCGAAGAGCAGAAGAACAAACUCCGCGAGGACUAUGAUGCGUUGGACGACAAAUUGGCGGCUGAAAAACGUCAAAAUAAUGAAUUGCAGAAGCAUAAUAAGAAACUUGAAAGCCAAAUGAAGCAAAUUCAAGUUCAAUUGGAAUUGGCGCUCAAGGAGAAGCAUGAGUUCGAUGUGGAUUGUAGAAAGCGUGAAACCGAAGUCGGCGAAUGGAAGCGAAAAGCCGCCGCCGACGCGAACCUCAUCGCAAAAUUGCAAUCGAGCCUUCGGCGAUGCAUCGCGCGAAUCGAGGAGCUCGAAGAGGAUCUUCUCGAGGAGCGCAAACUUCGAAUGAAGGCCGAACGGCAACUCAACGAGCUUCGAAGCGACUUCGACGCGCUCACCGAGCAAAUGGCCGAAGCGUCGGGCCAACUCACCGCCGAGGUGCACAUCAACAAAGUGCGCGCCGAGGAGCUCUCGAAUCUUCGUCGUGAUCUUCAGAAGAAGUCGCUCAACCAAGAAUCCUACAUUACCGAUUUGUGCAACAUGCAAUACGCAACCGUCAACAAUUUGAGGAAUUUGAGUCAACAGUCAGCUACUCUUGAAACCGAAGCGCUUCGCAUUCUUGAUGCUCGCCGAGCUUUCAGCAAACAACCACUACCAAGAGUCUACGUUGAAGAUCAGGACAGCGACAACGAUUCCAUCUGA